ACAGAAACCGGCCCAUUAUAGGAUAUGACGUAUCCAACGUUUCAGCCUCGGCUUUCAGCUUCUCUGGAGGUGGGGUUUUGCUUAAGGGUUCACUAGAAAUUUUCUUCCAAAUUCCCAUCAAAUUUUCUCAGGAAAAAAAGAAAAGAAAGGGAAAAGAAAAAGAAAUGUCUUCUUUAGGCACUUCAAAGGGUAUUCUUGAAAUCGCCAAAUUUGGUCUCUAUGUUACAAUCCCAAUUGUUCUUAUGUACACUUUCGCCAACAACACCAAGAAUCUCCAGAAAGUUAUGGGAAAUCGCUCCUAUGUGGUAUAUCCUCCAGAGGGACCAAGACCUCCAUCACCAGAGGAAUUGAGGGAGAUGGCACGGGAGCUAGCUAGGAAGAAAAAUAUUCGCUGAUGCUCUUUAGGCCAUAAGUGAUCUACGUUGCUUUCUUGAUUGUACCUAUUACUAUUCCAACAAACCUACAUGUAAUAUGCGGCAAUAAGCAUUGUGCUUUUUAUAUGGAAAAGGAAACGGUAAGUCUGGUUUGUAUGACAUUACGGAACCUAAGUUUAUAGCUAAAUUUGUUGUUUUGCUUGUUCAGCUUGGAAAUUCACAUUCUUUUAUUGGUAAAGUGUUAAAAUAUUUGAUGGA